AUGGAUCGUAAUCGUAAACCGUAUAAGAAAAGAUCUGAUUUUGAAAUUAAUGGAAUUAUUGAACAAGGUCUUGCUACACCAAAAGACAUUGUGGGGAAGUUAUUGCAAGAAUCCUAUGGUGAAAUAACCAAUUAUUACAAAUCAAUAAAUAAAGCUACUCAACUUCGACGUGUCCAUGAUAUAUUGCUUAAAAUUGCUAAAAAUGUCGCGUUAGCACGAAGUUCUGAUUAUUCAUUAUUCACAAAACAAGGUACGGAUAAUCAGGACUAUUUAGUUUUCCAUGGAGAAACUGUAGGUGAAGAUGAGAAUUCGAAAUCAACUGAUGAACAGAUGAUAUUUAAUUUACAAGCAUCCAAUAAUCAAAUUGCAAUACGUGAACAGGAAACAGAUAUUGAACCACAAGAGGAACGUGAAUCUAAACUAGUUACACCUCGUUCAACAACAUCGAAAAAUACAACGGCAGUUGAAACAAAUUUAUCGGAUGAAAUAAUAGAACCGGGAAGUCAUCGAGUGCGAUCGGCUGAUCUUGAAGAUACUCAAAAUUUUCGAUCAUCGACAACACAAUGGGCUUCAAAUGGAACAACCACACCAACAACAACAACGCCUGCAUCUAAUAUUUCGUCAGUUCCAAAACAAAAAACAAAUAAAAUACCUAAAAGUGAUCGUCCGCUAACAGUAAAUGAUAUCAGUAAUCAAGAAGAAGAAUCAGUUGUUCAUGCAGCUACAAAAAAGAGAAAAGCAAUAUCAGCAUCAGCACGGGCCAAUACUCUUUUGAGUCGAAUAGAGAAUGUGCUUGAUCCAUUUGAACGUUAUGCACGACAAAAUAUCGUUCCAUAUAUAAAUCUGGUAGACGAUGAAGAAUAA